CUGCGCAGAGGAGCUGGGCUGGCAGUCUCCAUCCAACCGCUGUGGUGGCCAGAUGGCUGAGGGAGAUCCAGCAGCCGACCAGAGGCAGAAUGAGGAAAUUGAAGCAAUGGCUGCUAUAUAUGGCGAUGAAUGGUGUGUCGUUGAUGAGUGUGCCAAAAUAUUUUGUAUUAGAAUUAAUGACACUACAAAAAAUCCCAAAUGGACCCUUUGCUUGCAGGUGCUGCUACCGAGUGAAUACCCAAGUACAGCUCCACCCAUUUAUCAACUGAAUGCUCCUUGGCUUAGAGGGCAAGAACGUAUGGAUUUAUCCAAUAGCCUUGAGGAAAUAUAUAUACAGAACAUUGGUGAGAGUAUUCUUUACCUGUGGGUGGAGAAAGUGAGAGAUUUCCUGAUACAAAAAUCUCAGGGCACAGACCCAGAACCCGAAGUGAAGUCGAAAACUGAAGAGGAAGAGGUGGAAAGUGAGGAAGAGCUCACUGAAGUGUUUGAUUCGGAAACUCCAGCUCAAGCAGUUGAACCUGAAAUGAGUGAAAACAAAGCAGAAGCCGAGGAGUUGCCUCCCAUUGACCAUGGCGUUCCCAUCACUGACCGCAGGAGUACUUUCCAGGCACACUUGGCCCCUGUUGUUUGUCUCCAACAGGUGAAAAUGGUUCUUUCCAAAUUGUAUGAGAAUAAGAAAAUAGCUAAUGCCACCCACAACAUUUAUGCCUACAGAAUAUAUUGUGAAGACAAGCAGACCUUCUUACAGGACUGUGAAGAUGACGGGGAGACAGCCGCUGGGGGGCGUCUGCUCCACCUCAUGGAGAUUUUGAAUGUGAGGAACGUCUUGGUGAUUGUGUCCCGCUGGUACGGAGGCAUCCUGAUAGGACCGGAUCGCUUUAAGCACAUCAACAACUGUGCCAGAAAUAUACUUCUGGAGAAGAACUAUAUAAGUCUGCCGGAGGAGUCGUCGAAGGCUGUGGGAAAGAACAAGAAAGUGAAGAAGGACAAGAAGAGGAGCGAGCAUUGAUCCCUGAAGCUACAUGAAAGGCCAAUUGGUCUAUAGUCACAUCCAAGUCUCAGUCAUCAGAGAAUAUACAUUGUGCAGUGAGAAAAUUCCUGACUGCUCAAGUCAGCCAAUUCAUUGUGAACACCAGUAUACCAGUAUUAUCUUCCUUGGUUAUAGUGUUUCAUCUGCCCAAAGUAGAGAACUUAUAAGAUUUCCAUGUGUGUUUCAGGCUUAUUCGAGAAAACUAAUUUGAACGUAAUUACAGCUUCAUCUAAUUUUAGGAAAGUAGCAGUUGCCCAGGACAGUACUUGAAAUAACUGUCCAUUCCAGUCACAUGUCAAGUACCUUUGUUAGGUGGGGAAGAAAUAUCCCUAGAGGCAUAUAACUAUCCGGUUUCUCGUCAUUGGCAUUGUCCUGCUGUUAAACUAGUAUUAUCUUCUGCUGCUCCUUGAUGUGUGAUCUUGGCAAGUUUCUGCUUGUGACUUAUUUCCCAAGUCUGUUCCCUUUCAUUCCAUAGUGUUCACCACUGAGUAAUGGCUGUAAGUGAGGAUCCAGGAGUAGCCACUGCAGUUAAUGUGCUGCGCUGAGGAUUCUCCUCUGCAUACUUGUUCGCAUCAAUGUUACACUGCAAUUUCUGUAGCAAAUUGGUGAUUGUGAAAUUUUACAGUGAUUAUCUAGUCUCUACCUGCUUUGAGUUACUUCUUGUAGAGUAAUAAUAUGGCGUGUCAGUAGUCUUCUCCCACCCCAGAAAAUGUGUUCGUGUCACCUUCUGAUUUCUGUUCAUAACCUGGAAGUACGUUUCUGUGCUUUUCACGGAGGAAUUGAAACUGGACUGGAAGCUGUGUGGUGGCUCGUGGGGCAGUUGUAGGACGGGACAGAGGGUGGCAGAAUGACCCCGGAAUUGAGCAGAAAUACACCGUGUAGUUAAAAAAAAAUGUGAUGCACACUGCCAUUCCCACUCCAGACAAAACCUUGUCAAUCCCAUGAUCUUGUGAAGGGGAGGAACAAACCUUUUUGAUGGAGACAACAAAGAAAAACCCCUCUUUUUCCCGAGCCGAUCAAAUCUUCCUUAAGUCUUUGAUUGCUUCCAUCUGCAAGUUAUUCAACUUACUUCUAGGCAUUUGGAUAAUAAGUUUACUUUUAAGAUGUAGUAAGUCCUUAUCUAUUUCCUUUGGGAGAUGAUUGUAAACACUUGCUAAAAACUAAUGAUGUCACAUUUGCCUGGGCUUCUGCUCCCAAUAGGGAGGGAACAGGAACUUUGGGUGGCACCACAGCAUGGACAGUGCCAGAGAAAAGGGGCAGGGAGAUGUUUUUUCCUUCUCGCUGAUGUUUUGCCUUUUAAAUAUCCCACAUCCUUACUUGAUAUUUUUAACAUAAAUCUAAUGCAUAGGCUUACAUUAAGAUGGAGUCUGAGGAAUUAAGUUAUAUUUAUUAUUAGUGUGUUUAGUGUUGUCAGUUAUCGAGAGUCAUCAGAAGAUGACCCACAUUACCUCAAGUUCUAUAAAGUUAACUGUCCUAGGUCCUGUUAAAGUAAUUAAAGACAUUAGAGACCAUUCACUAACUAACAUAAUUUUACGAUUUUGACAUGUACAAAGAGAUGUAAAACAGCAGGGGUUUGGUGCUGCAGAAAAGAAAGGUGAGUUCCUUUUUCUGCGAUAUCAAAUUAGUCUUACAGGCUGUUUUAGCUAAUAUAAGUCUUUACAGAAAACAGAGCCCCCUACAUAUUCUAAUUUACCCUUAUUUAAAAAUAUAUAUACAUAUUAAUUUUGUGUGUUUCUACAAAGUUUUAACCAUAUUUUACUGACUAAAAAUAUCAGCUCUUUUGUCUAAAGACAGCUAGUUAGUAAGAAAGAGAGAUGAAAAAUUCUCAAAUUUUAACCCUGAGUUAUUUCGUGCUCUGACCAAUACGGAGACCCUAACUAAUGAUAGUAAGGUUUUAUUUUCCCCCCUCUAUUUAAAAAUUCCCUUGAUUAGAGGAUUUUCAGAUUCUCCAAAUAAUAAUUUUUAUAGCCAGAUCUAUGCUAUGGCAUAUUUUACAGUACAUUCUAGUAAUUGAAAUUAUUAUCUACAUGCCAAUAUAAGCUCAAGUAGCAUCUACUUUUUAAAUGGGAAUCGCAGUAGCUCCAUCAAAAGUAUACUUUGGAGGUGUAUGUCAUGAAACAGAACCUGUGUGAAGAGAUUUAUAUCAAACUGAUCAUCACCAAGAAACAGCAUGAAGCAGGUCUUGUUUGAAAGACAAGUGAAAUUUAUUGAGAGAAUUGCACAAAUCACCUGUAAUCUCACUAUCCAGAGAUGGCCAUUGUUGACAUUUGGUAUAUACAUUCUUCUAUUUUUCUCCGAUGCAUGAUUUUGUACAUAUGAAUAUUUUUCUUUCCACAGAUAAGAGUAUUAAAUUGUAUAUAUUGUUUUGUGUUCUGUAAAUUUCAUAUAGAAGUGUAAUAUUGUAAACAUUUUCUCAUAUCAAUAAAUAUUCUAUGGCACAA